AUAGUGCUUAGCAUCAGGGAAACGAAAUAUAGCACCAUGUCCGAAGAAAGAGUCAAUAGAUAUGAAAAAAUUGACUUUCUUGGCGAAGGACAGUUUGCUACAGUUUACAAGGCAAGGGAUACUAAAACAGACAGGAUUGUUGCUGUAAAAAAGAUCAAAAUAGGAACAAGAGCAGAAGCAGCAGAUGGUAUUAACAGAACAGCUUUACGAGAAAUAAAAUUACUUCAAGAACUAGAACAUGCUAAUAUCAUUGGGUUAUUAGAUGUUUUUGGUCAAAAAUCUAAUAUUAGCUUAGUGUUUGAUUUUAUGGAAACAGACCUUGAGAUUAUUAUAAAAGAUACAAAUAUAGUUUUAACUCCUCCACAUAUAAAAUCCUAUGUAUUGCAAACAUUACUAGGUUUAGAAUAUCUUCAUGCUCAUUGGAUUUUACAUAGGGAUAUGAAACCCAAUAAUUUAUUAGUUAAUGAGCAAGGGGUAUUAAAGAUUGGAGAUUUUGGUUUAGCAAAAUUCUUUGGUUCUCCUAGUCGGCCAUAUUCUCAUCAAGUUGUCACAAGAUGGUAUCGAUGUCCUGAGUUAUUAUAUGGUGCUAGAUACUAUGGUACUGGUGUAGAUUUAUGGGCAGUUGGUUGUAUAUUAGCAGAAUUAUUAAUCAGGGUACCUUUAUUUCCUGGCGAUUCUGAUUUAGAUCAGUUGAGUAGAAUAUUUCAAGUGACCGGUACUCCAACCACUGAGGAUUGGCCGGAAAUGAAAGCCUUACCAGAUUAUAUACAGUUUAAAGAAUAUCCACGUCAACCAUUAAAAGAUAUAUUUAUAGCAGCUAGUGAAGAUUUAUUAGAGGUUUUAGAAAGUAUGUUGUGUUUAGAUCCAUUAAGAAGAUGUACAGCUAAAGAGGGUUUACAGAUGAAUUAUUUUAGUAAUAAACCUCCACCAUCUUGUGGUUCUCAAUUACCUCAACCUGGUUCUAAUAAAAUAAUACCUAAAGAACAAGAAAGACAAAAAGCUGGUAUAAAAAGAAAACAACCAGGAGAUCAAGGGGUGCUGGCUAAAAGAUUAUUAUUUUAAAGACAACUAGCUGUUUACAUUGUUACCUCAUUAGUGAAUAUCAGUUGUUAUUUAUAGAAGUGAAACAAUAGCAAAAUAUUUUAUAGUGUAGUUUCACAAUGUGUGAUUGGAUUUGGUGGACUUGUCUCCAAAGUGCUAUCUAAAGGAGAAGGGUGUUACUUGCCAUGUAAAGAAUGAAUCAAAUUAAACAGCUUAAUUGAUGUGGUUGGGCAUGUAUCAACAUUUAAGUGUCAAUAUUCCCGUCCAUCCUAAAACAUUACUCUAUGGGGGUACUCGAUUGAACGUUACAGAAUUGAAUUCUCUCAAUCCCAAAAAUAGUGACAAUCGAGUGAAAAGGGGUAUUUCGGGUUACAAUGCAACUGGAUAAGUAGAUAUCUUAACCAACCAUGCAGCCGAAACAUAUUCGUUGUGUUUAAUUACGUCACGAUUCUACUCACACCACCGCCGUAGUCGGGACUGACAGAACUGUGAGAAGACUGAAUUCGCGUCACUCGAUUGCAGUUCUGUCAAUUCGGUUCGUUCUGGACUGUGAAUCGAGCAUCCCCUGUCUAGUUUGCUUAUGGGAGGUAACUCUAAUUAUAAGACUUGUUUUCUUUUUAUUUUAAAGGAAGCAUUUUGUGAAUCUCCACACUACAUAAUCAAUGUUGUUCCAAAAUAAUAUUCUAAUGUUUGUAUUUAAACAAAGUUAGAUGUUAUGCUUUUGAGGUAAAUUUACUUUUGAUUUAGAAAUCCCUCAUUUUAGAUACACACCAUUAUCUUACAAUUAAGUGAGAGCAAAAUUAAAUUAUUACUUUUACUUCAAAGAUCAUAAAUGUCUGUCAAUGAUAUCAAUUGUUUCAUAAAUACACUUGUUAAUAGAUAUUCAGUGAUAUAUAUUCAUUGAAUUUUGUUAUUUAUUAAUAUGUUGUUCAUGUAUAUUUGUAUUAUGAAUUGUGUAAUAUCAUCAGAGGUCAGUAUUUGGGUGUAUGUCAAUGUGGUUCACUUUUAAGUGACAUAAUAUUUUCUUAUAAUAGAUUAUAACCAUCUUUGACCAGUGAAUUCUUGUAUACAUUCCUGAUUUUAUGAUAUUUAACUCGCACAUCCAAAAACUCAUGUUUGGUUUGUAUAAUAUUUCAAAUUGUGGACAACUUAUUUUUCUAGCAGUACUGGUUACAGAGUAAGUUUCACUGAACAUAUUGGUUGAUGAGGAGGCUCAUACAUUGAUCAAAUUUAUGGUAUAAAUGGCUGAAGUUCUUUAGAUUAGUAGUUAUGACCACCCAAUCAUGCAUGUGUGGUUUUAAAAUUGUCAUAAUUUUUUAAAUAAUGCAAUUAAUUAUGUCAACAUAUCCUUUCCAUAACACGAUCCUGAAAGUCAAUGUUACCUGCCACACAGGUACCUGCAAGAUUUAAAUAUUUAGCAAUAAUAAAAUGGAUAACCUAGCCUUGAAUGAAAUUUUCAAUAUAUUCAUUUUUCAUUAUCUAUUUUAGAACCUUUUUAGCAAGAACGGUCAGCUGUCCGCUCUUUAUUUAAAUCUUACAUAAUGCAUCUAUAAUUCGCAGUUAAAAGAAUAUCCUCUUGGAUUUAUGUAUUAUGAGAAAGGUUACAUUAACAUUUUCUAAGUUUGCCAAAUCUUUAGUUUAAAAUCAAAUAGAGAGCUGCCUUAAAUCAACUAUAGAUAUAUGAAUAUGUGUAGUUAUUUAUUAUAUUGUCUGUUACUGUAAGAUGUCUUGUAUAUUUUUAUAAUAAUAAACAAGCCUUGUUUUUGUUAAUAAAAUAAUAUAUGUAUUUUGAAAUCAUUGUUUAGUUGUAGAUGUGGAUACUAAAAAUACACUAAACAUAUUUUCCUAUGUACUUAGCUGUAAACUAAAUGUAAAUUUAUUAAGAUCAUAGUAAAUCUUGGCUAUGUUCUACUGCUGUUUCUAAACCAUUUUUUUGUCAAGAAAUACAAACUUCACUACGAAGACACUACAAAGAUCUGAUGACACCCUCAGCCACUGUCUGGUUCAAAAGUCCUGAAGGGAAGGAACUCAGAAGUGAUGGUUAUUGCAAAUCGUGAUGGUGGGUUAUCUUUACAGACACAACAUAAUAUUCAGCAUAAAAGGACAAACAAUUCUACGUGUAGUCAGUAAUAUAAAACGCUCAAAUAUGUUCAAAUCUAUCCAUUUAACUGUCCUUGAAAUUGUUUUUUGAGUAUAUAGAUACAUGAUUUUUUUACUAUUUAUCUAGCAUCUACAUUGAUGAGAGUUUAAAUUUCUGAUGACACACUUGACUGACUUAUAUUUUUUACCAGUUUUUAAUGCUGAUAUUUGAUUUUUUAUUUGUGUCUAAUGGUGGUCAUGUUUACCCCACAAAUAAUGAAAAAAUAAUCCUAUCUGUGCAAAUGGGUUUAUCAAUACAAAUCUUGCAGUCUUUAUUUAUUUAUGUUUGCAAAUAAAUAAUCAAUUCAAGAGAGGACUCUUGUGAGGUUAGUAAAUUGUAUGUUGAAUAGUUUUGUCACUGGCCUUCUCACCUCUGAAGUCAUUUUAACCAUGACUUGAGCAGCAGGGCCGGUUGUAGGAAAUGGGAGGCCCAAAGUUACAGGCUAUGAAUACAUUUCAGGAUAUAAAUAACUUAAACUAGGCCUAUAUUCAUUCAUAUUUAAGGCCAACUAUGCUUUACUUUACAAUUAGUAAUUGAUUAAUUAAUACCUGAAAAUAGCCACACCUAAUAUGGGGCACAAUUUGGGGAAAUUGGUCACAUUUGAACAGGACCUGAUAGGGAAAGUAGAAUUAAAUAUGCAUUAUGCAAGAGGUAAAUCUGCCUAUUUCAGGUCUUUCUUUAAGCCUGAAAUGUUAUAUAAACAAUUAAUUCAACAUUUAUUAACAUGAAAAGACCUUAAUCAACUUUCGAUGCCAUCUUAUCUGUCCGAUUUUCAACGGCUUAGAGUGAAGCAAUUUGACUGAAAUUUUCAGCAUAUUCCCUUUACAUCAUGUACUUUAUCUUAUCUCCCACAAUGUAUCUUUAAAGAGGUGUACUAAACGAGAUGACUCGACACUAUGAGAACAUGGAGAAGGAAUAUAAUAAAGUUAUACACAGAAGAUGAUAUAAGUGAUCUGUUGCAUUUCUAAAGUCAAAUCAUAUAUACAUUCCUUAAUAUAUAUCUC